AUGGAUUUAUUAUGGUUAGUUCCUUUAAUUAUAGGUGCUGUUUUGUGGGCGGGAUGUGAUGUAAUUUCCGAUGCGGUAAUCGGCGAACAAGACGAAGAAAAAGAAAAGAGUGAAAAAGACGACAUUGAAAAGAAUAAUAAAGAUGGAGACGAAGAAAAGAAUAUGGUAAUUUCAACAGAGAACAAAGCAACUACACCCACAGGGGAAAAAUUGACCGGUGAGCAAGAUGCAAUUAUCUCGGGAAUAGUAAUGUUUUUCUUGGGUAUUUUCAUUCACAGUGCAAUGGGUACUACACAACUUUACGAAUAUUACGAUACAUAUAUCGCAAAUGAUGGUUUUACAGCAGCUAAUAGUUUAGAAAGAAUAUCACCCACAAUGGUUACAUGGGCCGCUUUAAUUGGAGGUGUUUUUCAGUGUGGCUCUCUAAUUUACUUAUUAAAAUCGUUCGAAUCAUCAUCAUCAACUAUUAUUGUACCAAUGAUCCAGUUAAAUUCAAUCAUUAUUUUACCACUAUCCAUUAUUUUAUCGAUUCUCAGUUAUUAUUAUCCAAUACUUUCAACUUUUCAUAAAAUCAUCACACCAACACAUUUAUUUGCGUUCACAUUAAUCUUUUUCGGUAGUUUUUAUCCAUCAUUAGAAGGCGAUUUCAGCCAGCUAUCAAAGAUGUCUUUUUGGAAACAGAAGGCAGUAUCACAGGUAUUAUUAUCAGAUUUUUUAAUUGCAAUUUAUUAUUUAAUCGUAUCCUUUUGUACAAAUGAAACUGGUGCAAUGAGCAGUAAAUCAUUCCUCGUUGUCUCAACUUAUGGCAAUUGUCUAACCUUUGGAUUCCUAAUUCUCUUUGUACGUUCCUUUAGAAGAUCAGCAAUAACACUUUUAAAAAUCCCAAGAAAAUACAUUUAUCUUUCUGCUAUUGGCGAAAUCCUAUCUUUGUCUGGCUAUUUCUUUGUGUCAAUUUCAUAUCAUCUUUAUUACAACAGUGGUAUAGUUUCGGCUGCAGAGGGUGCUCUUAAUCAAUUCUUUAACUUAAUAGUAGCAAUCUUAUUAAAGAAGUUUUUAAAUUUUGGUAGAGAUGUUAAAAGAGUUAGGGAAAAAGUAUUUUCAUGUAUUAUUGUUUCAAUUGGUUUAAUCUUAACAACUUAG